UUCACACGCGCAAUGUGGCAUCUCAGGUGAGGCGAAAGAUGCUAAAACCCUAAGCAGAGUAAGCGGAAAGAACCGUGGGAACCCUUUUGCCUUCACCAAACGCAGUCUUUGUCUUCUUCCUUCACCAAAAAUCGUUAUCUUCCCCGCCACCGCUAUUCCCAUUCUUCACAGAUAUCAGAACUCAAUGGAGCCACCUGCAAAAAAGUGGCUCCUACCUAGGUCACGCAUGCGCCAGAGAACCACUAAAAUCCACUACACAGGUUCAAGCAGGUAGCCAUAGCGGAAUCCAAGACACAGCACAAUCUUCGUUUCCCACCUUGUUCAUCCAGAAGCCCUUACAAUCAAUAAAUCACGUUUAUAAUCGAACUGCGUCUUUAUCUCAGCAGCAUUUAUUCUGCCAUAUUUCAGAAUCUCCGUCACUCGCAUUGAUUGCGAACUUAGAAGUGUGGCGUCGUGGAUAGAGAGAUCCAAGGCCCAGGCUGGCCCAACGAAGAAAAAGCCCGAAUCGCGUGCACGUUUGGCGAAUUAGAACCGAUGUUAUCUACUUGGAACCCAUGGGUUCGAUCAGAAUGGCCGAAGCCUGGUUCGUCAAGAUCGCGUGCACCAUUUUCGUUCGCUCUUCCUCGGUGGACCCUUUCCUGGGCUAUUUCAGUAAGCACCUGACCCCUUCGCUCGUUUACGAGGUCGUGAAUAAGCUGCACAUUCCCAAUUUGGGUUUCAAGUUCGUUGAAUUCAGUAGACACGAGUUGCACAUGAGUCACUCUUAUUUGACGUAUAAUCUGCUCUUGAGGUCACUUUGUGGAUCGAAUCUUCACAGUGCCGCGAAAUUGGUGUAUGAUUGGAUGAGGUGUGACGGGCAGAUUCCUGAUAAUUGGUUGCUAGGGUUUUUGGUUUCUUCGUACGCCGUUGUUGGUAGGUUAGAUAUUUCGAAGGAACUGCUUGCGGAUGUUCAAUGUAAUUGUAAUGUUGGAGUCAAUGCUGCUGUGUACAAUGACUUGUUCAACGUUAUGAUUAGGCAGAAUAAGGUACUUGAUGCGGUUUUUCUGUUUAGGGAGCUUAUCAGGUUGCGGUAUAAACCGGUAACCUACACAAUCAAUAUUUUAAUGCGAGGGUUGUGCAGGGCCGGGGAAAUUAGCGAGGCUUUUAAGCUUCUUGAGGAUAUAAGGAGUUUUGGUUGUUUGCCAGAUUUAAUUACCUAUAAUACUCUUAUUCAUGGUUUGUGUCGGAUUAGUGAGGUGGAUAGAGCUAGAAGUUUGCUAAAGGAAAUUUGUUUGAAUGGGGAGUUUGACCCUGACGUUGUUAGUUACACGACGAUAAUAGGGGGUUAUUGCAAGUUGGGUAUGAUGGGGGAGGGGACUUUGCUUUUUGAUGAAAUGAUUAGAUCUGGAGCUGUGCCUAAUACGUUUACCUUUAACGCUCUUAUUGAUGGAUUUGGGAAGUUGGGUGACAUGGCCUCUGCACAAGCCUUGUGUGGGAAAAUGCUUCUUAAUGGCUGUCCACCUGAUGUUGCUACUUUCACUUCUCUAAUCAAUGGGUAUUUUCGAGUUGGGAAGGUGCACCAAGCAAUGGACAUGUGGCAUAAAAUGAACGACAAAAAUAUUUGUGCGAGUUUAUAUACAUACUCUGUUCUUGUCAGUGGCCUUUGCAAUAAUAACAGACUACACGAAGCUCGGGACAUUUUGGGACUGUUGAAUGGUAAGGACAUUGUUCCACAGCCAUUUAUCUAUAAUCCUGUUAUUGAUGGAUAUUGUAAAUCCGGCAAUGUUGACGAGGCUAAUAAAGUUGUAGCAGAAAUGGAAAUGAAUAGAUGCAAGCCGGAUAAGUUAACAUAUACCAUUCUUAUUAUUGGGCAUUGUAUGAAAGGGAGAAUGCUUGAAGCAAUUAGUAUCUUUGAUAAGAUGUUGGCUGUUGGUUGUGCCCCGGAUGAAAUCGCUGUAAAUAAUUUAAGAUCCUGUCUUUUGAAGGUUGGAAUGGCCCGUGAAGCUGCCCGUGUUAAGGAGGUUAUUGGUCAGAACCUGCCCUGCAGUACUAUAUCGUUGAAGAAAUCUUAUAACAAAAGCACACAUGCAGAUGUUCCUGUUGCUGUUAUUGAAGUGCUAUUGCAAACCAGUGGUUAGACAGGUCUUGGACCAUAUACCUUGAGUGCUGGGUGCACGUGUCUCCAGUGUGGAUCAAAGUAAUGCUAUCAUCAGAGGCAGAAUGCCUCUUUUUUGUUCUGGGGAUUGUAUUUACAUCGCAUGGUAAUUCUCUCCAAGUUUCAGCUGAUUAUUUUUGGACCCGGAGUUAGGUAUACUCUAGUUAACUUUGAGUUGAUUUUUCAUUUUUCAUGGUCUCAGCCAGUCUCAAGCUCAAGUAAAGCAGGUGGAGGUUUUUGUUAGGCCUUUGACAGCCGACAUACAACUUUUCAAAAUCCCAAACACGGAUUUUUCAUUGUCCUCUGGAUUUUGAAUUUUGUUCUUACAUGAAAUAGAUUUUAUCAAGUCUCUUCUUUUGUAAACUGUAGUGCUAGUUAAUUUAUUUUCUUGUUCAUAUGGAAGUGCAUUUACUUGAUAGUAUAUUGAAUUAUACUUGAAAGAAAUUGAAUAAAAUGAAAUGUCAAGCCCUUUUUUCUUGUAAACUUUACAGUAAAUAUCCUAUACUGUACAAAGAUAGGAGAUGUAUUAUCGAGGAUUUGAUGAGACAAAACCUUUGAUAAGAGAAGUAUUAAGGAAAUUCUUGUCUUCUUAGGCUCAGAAAUUGGUAACAUGCAGGAUAGAAAGUGGUUGUAUAACAAAAUUUUUGAACAUUGUUGUCAUCCAUGAUUGUGUGUAAAGAUUUUGACCGAAAUGCUAGGAAUUCUGUAAUACUACAGUUCAUUUGCAAAAAACCUCUUGUGGUUCGAAACUCGAUAACAAUUCCUUGUUCCUAAGUAAAUUCUGUGUAUUGACUCCAUACAGGCGGUUUUCUGCGCAUGGAAUAGUGAUUAAAAUCACUCUGCAAGAUCUGGUAAGCUUUGCCACUUGAGUUACUGAGUUUUGAGCCAUAUGGGAAGUUGGUUAUCCGUUUGCAUAGGACAAAGUAUUUCAUCAUGGGGUUUCUCCGCAAGACGCUUUUAUUGAGAUAUCUCAAUUGGUACAAAGGGUGCUUGAUGGGUUCUAGGUGAUUUGAACUUGCCACUUUUGGCUCAUUAUUUUUGGACCGAAUUAAUGCAUAGAAAAUAGGCUUAUGUUCUAGGAUACCUACCAAACCAAUGAGAAAUGGUUUGCUCACAAAUGUAGACUUCUAUUUGAUGAAGAGGUAACUUAUCUUUCGUUUAUACACGAAUCCAUCAAUUGCAUGUUGGCUGUGGUGCAUUAACUAUAAGUCGGUGCUGUUAAUAUUAGAUAGAUGAUUAGAGUUAAUGAAUAUGAUGUGAUGUGAGAAGCAUGGGUAACCGAUUAAUGUGUAUCUUUCACCAUAGCUAUCUCUAGAUUAUCAAUACAUCAAUACCUAUUCUUCAAUAUUUCUCAAGUAAACUGAAUUAGAUUGUCUUAUGUAAAGGAGAGGACGUAUAGCAAGAUAAAAGUGAUGAGAUGUAUUAUAGUACCUUAUUCUUUAAGACCAAUAUUGCUGUGUUAUUCGAGUUAACCAAUAUUGCUGUGUUAUUCGAGUUAGGAAUUUAAAAAAUCGCGCUAAAUAUAUUAUUUUUAAAUUCACUUUCGUUUCUCCCAGCGUUGAUUUUAUUCCACUGUUCUUUUUUUCGCUCUAUUUCUCUGUAAACUAUUUGGGUGGUUUUUUUUAGUGUUGUAUAUAUUUCUUCAUGAACAUGUCGAUUAACGUUGAAGAAGUACAAUAAUAAGGUGUACGAGUUAGAAUCGUUAAGAAAAUAAAGAGAUUUUCUAAAUCAAUGAUACCGAAAGGGCAAAAAUGAGUCAUUGGGUCCCAAAGAACGGCUAUGCCUUAUAGCCCCUUCAGAGAAAACGGCACUGAAAUCGUUACUUGUGCAGAGAGAGAGGCAAGGGGUUGGAAUUUUUGUGCAAGGUUCAACUAUAGGCUAUAGCCCCAUCACUUGGAUGGGAGACGAAGACAACCCCGCCAGCUACUUGCAUGAGGCAUUUACAAAAUCUUGUGCAGAGGUAGAGAAGGAACUAACAUACAAGAAUGACCUUAACUACAGGUGUGUCUGUGAUGUAUUAGUGGAUAGCACAUCAAAGAUAUUAACCAUUCUAUAUGUAUUAGUGGAUAUUGAUUUUGAUGGGGAAAAUAUAUUUUUUUAGUCUUUUUAUUGUA